AUGUCCCUAUUGCGCAACAACACCGAUAACUCGAUCAACUUCCAGCGAGCUUCCUGCACACUAGAUGGUUGCGUCAAGAUUUGGACCAGCCGCGUAGAUAGCGUUGGCACAGAGACCGGGAAGCUUCUCAGCAACCUGGCGAACGAAGGUCGUAUCGGUGCCGAUGACGACGACGACGAGAAUGAGGAUGGAGAGGGUGGAGAGGGAGUUCAGGCGAAGAAGCGCAAGACCCACCGUCCGGCAUCGACUCUUGCCAAGGACAUCUCCCAGCUGCGGAACAAGAAGCUCGACCUUGAAUUCCAUGUAGAUCCUCUGUUUAGGAAAACCUGUGCCGAUUUCGACGAGGGCGGCGCCCAAGGUCUGCUCAUGAACCACCUUGCUCUUGGCGUCGGUUCAGAUGGCAGCCUGCGGGUCGUCUUUGACGCCAGUGACUCUGUUGGCAAAGAUGACGAGGAGGAGCUUGAGAUGGAAGAGCCACCUUCUGAGGUUGACUUGUCAAAUCUUCGACAGCAAUUCCUGCCGAAUUGGAGCGACCUCGAAGAGAAGGCAAUAUGCCAUUCGCUCCAUGACUUUUCCUUCUCAAAAGACUCCUGGGCUCUCGACGACUCCACCACACUCUUCCGCAACGACCACGCUUUGGAGCAGGAUGACGACGGCGACGGCGACGAGCCAGCGGGUUUCAACGACGACUUCAACGAGGCUCCGAUGGACAUGGGAGGCCCCGCGCCCGUUGAGGACUUCUUUGUGGGCGACCAGGCCGUCAACGACGACUACAUGCACGAAGCUCCGCCGAGCCCCAGCGUUGGUGGCUCUGAGCAUGGUUUGGCCGAUGAGGCGAGAGAAUAUGGUGCCGACGGGGCAUUCGUGCCAUUCGACCCACGCAGGGCGCCCAACGAACGCGACCUCGUUAUGGCGAUGACUGACAACGAGGAAGGUGGCAUGAUGUACGAUUACUUUGACAAGGGUGCGCUCAAAAACUGGGCCGGCCCCGAACACUGGAAGCUGCGCAAGGUCGUCCGGAGGCCGGACGCCGCUGAAGCCGCCCCGAAGAAGCAGCGCGAGAAGAAAGAGGCGCUGAAGAUUAACUUCACCGAAGAGUCCGCCGAGAACGUCAAGGAAAUCGCGAAGAAGCUCUUCGCACCCCCGUCAAGAGGUGCCGCUCUGACGCUGCCCGGGCCGUCGCUUGCCAAGAAGAAGAGGGGUCGCAAGGGCAAAGACAAAGAGAAGGACGAGAAGCGGUUUAACAAUACGCUCCCCGACGAUAUGCAUUUCUCGAGCAAGCAGCUCGUGACGCUCUUCCUCAAGCCCAAGUUCUCGCUUCGUACGCGCGGACAGCGUGGGCGGUUGGAUGACCGCCCCGAAGGCGAGGUCGACGAGAACUUCUGGGCACAAGCGGCUGCUGAUCAGGCAGCCGGUCGCUCAGGUUCUGACGAUCUGGAUGCAACGCAAGAUGGCGGUGCCAUCCCGUUCAACACGCAGUUCUUCCACGACGAGUAUGAUGAUGCGCCAGGCUUUGAUGAUGCCUUUGACGGUGACGGCGGCGACAUCAUUACUGCCAUGCCUGAACCUGGUGAACAAGACUUGCUGGCCACAGCACCGUUUAAGAGACGCGUGCGGCCGGAGACUGUUAACUACGCCAAACGUGCCAAGCGGGUAGACGUCAGGAAGCUGAAAGAUAAUAUCUGGAAGAAUCUGGACAUUGACACAGACGACAGGCCAGCGACAGACCCGGCGGAGCCAAGGGGAUUCGAGAACGUCAUCUCGGGCCUGCAGCAAUCAUAUCCGAAGGAAAAGCUGGAGGACAUCAGCACAAGCUUCUGUUUCAUCUGUCUAUUGCACCUUGCCAACGAGCGUGGUCUCAAGCUGGAGAACGGCGACAGCGAGGAUACGAUUAUUCCCGAUGACGAGGCGGACAAGAAGGUCGGCAACCUAUGGGACCUGAAAGUAUACCGCGAUCCCGAUGCUACCCCCGCAGCAUAG